AUGAGUGGAGAAGGAAAAGUAGUUUGUGUUACAGGAGGGUCGGGUUACAUUGCCUCAUGGCUAGUCAAGUUCUUGCUCCAGCGUGGUUAUACUGUCAAAGCCACUGUUCGUGACCCAAAUGACCAAAAGAAAACUGAACACUUACUUGCAUUGGAUGGAGCUAAAGAAAGACUUCACUUGCUUAAAGCAAAUUUAGUUGAAGAGGGGUGUUUUGAUCCUAUAGUUGAUGGAUGUGAAGGUGUUUUUCAUGUGGCUUCUCCCGUAUUUCUUGCAGCAAAUGAUCCAAAGGCGGAUUUAAUUGAACCUGCAGUAAAAGGAACCCUAAACGUUCUCAAGUCAUGUGCGAAAUUUCCUUCUGUUAAAAGAGUGAUUCUAACAUCUUCAAUGGCAACGGUUGCUUUCAAUGGAAAACCAUUGACCCCUGAUGUGGUAGUGGAUGAGACAUGGUUCUCAGAUCCUGUGUUUUGCGAGUCAAAGAAGCUUUGGUAUAUGGCUUCAAAAACUUUAGCUGAGGAGGCUGCUUGGAAAUUUGCAAAAGAAAAAGGAAUUGACAUGAUUACAAUAAAUCCAGGCUUUGUGAUUGGUCCUCUCUUACAGCCAACUCUCAAUACCUCUGUUGAGCUGUUUCGGAACCACAUUAAUGGAACACAAGGAGCACCAACAUUGCCAAGUGAAAUUUAUAGAUAUGUUGAUGUGAGAGAUGUGGCAUAUGCACAUGUUCAAGCUCUUGAAAUACCUUCAGCUAGUGGCAGAUAUUGUUUAGUUGGAAUAGUUGCACACUUCUCUGACACGGUGAAGAUUGCGCAUGAACAUUACCCUACGUUGCCCCUUCCUGAAAAAUAUGCAGAUGACAAGCCCUUUGCACCGAAUUAUGUGGUAUCAAAGGAGAAAGCAAAAACUUUGGGUCUUGACUUUACUCCUCUGGAGGUGAGCGUAAAGGACACCAUUGAAAGUUUGAAGGAGAAGGGCCUUCUUAAUACAAAAAAUCAGAGUGAGAGAAUGAGUGGAGAAGGCAAGGUGGUGAGUGUCACCGGAGCAUCUGGUUACAUAGCUUCAUGGCUUGUCAAGUUUUUGCUUGAACGUGGAUACACAGUCAAAGCUUCAGUCCGUGACCCAAAUGAUGCGAAGAAGACUGAACACUUACUUGCACUUGAUGGAGCCAAGGAAAGACUUCAUUUGUUCAAAGCGGACUUACUGGAUGAAGGAUCUUUUGAUCCCGUGGUUGAGGGAUGUGAAUGUGUUUUCCACACUGCAUCUCCAUUUUAUUUCACUGUCAAUGAUCCCCGGGCAGAACUUAUUGACCCUGCAUUGAAGGGAACACUUAAUGUUCUUAGGUCAUGCUCUAAAGUUCCUUCUAUCAAAAGGGUUGUCAUAACAUCAUCCAUGGCAGCUGUUGUAUACAAUGGGAAAUCUCUUGCACCUGAUGUAAUAGUUGAUGAGACGUGGUUUUCAGAUCCAGAUUUUUGUGAGAAAUUGAAGUUCUGGUACAUGCUUUCCAAAACAUUAGCGGAAGAAGCCGCUUGGAAGUUCACCAAAGAGAAUGGAAUCGACAUGGUCUCUUUAAAUCCAGGGUUGGUGGUCGGCCCUCUCUUGCAGCCGACACUUAAUACAAGUGCGGAGUCAGUUCUUAACCUUAUAAAUGGGGCAAAAAGUUAUCCAAAUACAACUUAUAGAUGGGUAGAUGUUAGAGAUGUCGCCAAUGCACAUAUAUAUGCCUUGGAGAAUCCUUCAGCUGUUGGGAGAUACUGUUUAGUAGGGACAGUUAUACACUCUUCUGAGGUUGUGAAGAUUUUAAGCAAGCUUUAUCCUGAUCUCACUCUUCCUGAACAAUGUGCAGAUGAUGAGCCUCCCAUGCCAAAAUAUGAGGUAUCCAAAGAGAGAGCAGAAAAUCUGGGGGUCAAAUAUACUCCUCUUGAGGCAAGUCUAAAGGAUACUAUCGAAAGCUUGAAGGAGAAGAACUUCGUUAGCUUCUGA